AUGGCCGUUUCCGAACCAAAGGCCAAACGGCCAUGUCCAGUUCAUACAAAGGGGUUUCUUGACGAUGAGGAUGAGGACCGCCUUGCUAAGAAGCUAUUUGGCGACAGUCACGAAAGAGUGGAAGAAUCGUCUUCUGAUGACGAGGAGGAAACGGCUGUCGAAAAUACGGAAACUCACGCGAGUUCAACAUCAGUCUGGCACGACGAUGACGAUGCUGAUGAGGAGGUACAAAUUCCUAGUGGAAAAACAGCAGUGUAUCUCAAGCGCAGUGACGACAGUGGUGGAUGUGUCGCAGCAGAUGAGUACCAGAACCGUCUCCGGAAAGCUUUUCAACGUCAACAGCACGCCACGUUGAAGUGGGCAAAGUUAGAGCCAAAAAAGACGGCAGUACAAAGUAAGGGCGAUGACUCGGAUACUGAAGUUGAAGCAGUACUCGAUGAGAUGACACAGUCUUCUGUCCGAUAUGUGGACAAGGACCCCUUUCUAGUCAAAGACAUAGUGUCUACAUUCCGCUGGCCGGAUAUCACCGUUGGAUAUCAUGAUUCGGUUGGCGAUAGGUCAGAAGCAGGAAAUUUCCUCCAAAAUGCGAGAUUUGCUAAUUUCCCAAUCACAAGUAUGAGUUUACUGCAAGGAGGAUGUUCAUUAGUGUGUGGAUCAACGCGACAGGAGUAUCUAAUGAAGUAUGAUCUCGAACAAGGAGCUGUAAUGCAGCUUAGGCUACCAAAAUGUGUUCCUCAUCAGAAUGUCGGUCGUUUUGCUACCUCCAAAGACGGAUCUCUAUUAGCGAUGAUAGCUCGUAAUGCACAGGUCUAUGUGCUGUCUUCGUCGUCUAUGGAAUUGGUUAAAACUUUAUCGGCACCUACGGACGUGACAUCGGUACAAUUCCUUCCUGGAUCCAAUCGUGAAAUAUGGGCUAUGACAGAACGCGGCGAGGUCAUUAUUUGGAACCUGAAUGGAUCUCAACAUCUGUUCCGAGACGAGGGUGCAGUACGUGGCACGAAGAUUCGGUUAAGUGGUGACGGAAAUAAGGUAGCCUGUGGGUCGAGUACUGGUAUUGUGAAUGUAUACGACGCAGCUGAUGUCCGAAAUAGUACUGACUAUUUGCGUAAUCCGUGCAUUGCUUUGAUUCAUUGCUUUCAAUCAUGA